GUAUAAACAGAAUCAGCUGUUUAAGCAAGGAAUGUUUUUAUGUAAGUGAAAUGGCUACGAAAUCGGAUAAUGCUGACUCAAAACCAAAUAAUUCAAAGGACCCAAUAGUUGACACGUGGGCAAUUCGCCCCUGUCAUUUGUACAAAGAGGAAUAUGACGACUGCACGAGUUUCAAAGCACGCUUCCACCAGUAUUUCAUAUUUGGUAAGGAUACAGACUGCUCACAGUGGCUUACUGACUAUCAAAAUUGCGAGAGAUAUCAUCAGUCCAACGGCAAUGAUGUGGAUGCCGGUACAGCAGUAGUCAAAAGCGAGGAGGAGCGUCGCCGGGUCAGACUGCGCGCUCAUUUUGCCAACGAUACCUGGCAGAAACGAAAGGAGCCACCCCACGAUUGGGCUUCUCCUCUGCCUGACUGGAUGGAGAAGCGCAACGAGAACACCUAUCUGGAGCUGAAACAGAAGGAGCUCUCUGGCCAAUCUGCUUCUCAGGGGGAGGAGCGCUCACUGUGUACGAUCAUGUGAAAAUAAAAGAAUAGUUAAGAAAACUAGGA